AUGGCAUCCGGCCAGUGGGGCCAGCGCGAGAUGGCGGGGCAGGCGCGGCAGCAGCUGCGCACGAUCCUGCGAUUAGCGGAGUGCGUCCUCGAGGAGUUCGACGGCCGGGUGGGCCCGGGCGGUCCCGGGGAGGACGAGUUGAUCGGCCGCGCGGAGCGGCUGAGGGAGAUGCGGGAGGCGGUGGAGGGGGCGAGGGAAAGGCUGACGGUGCUGCUGCGCACUUGCGACGAGGCGUCGCGAGUCGAUGGCGCAGAGGCGCCGCAGGGGGAUGGCACGUUGGAUGGUGAACUUGCAGGCGAACGUGAACAGGAGACCUCGGAGCAAGCAAAGGUGGAGGCUCUGGAACGCAGGCUGGAGGAGCUGAAGGAGGAGGUGAGGAAGAAGAACAGGAUGGUCAAGGGGAUGAUCGACCUGCUGAGGAACAUGUGCAACGACUUUGUGAUGUGGGAUUGCUGUGGGAAAAUGAGCUCGGCUGCGAAAUAA